GAUUUCCUACCCAGCAACAAGCAUUCUUUUCCUCUAGGUUGGACCAUCAGCGAAAUCACACACCUCCGCCUCGACUGAAAACACAAUUUCAAAUACGAUGGCUCCUACAAUAUUGAUUGUUGGUGCGACAGGCAAUACUGGUCGAAGUGUCGUGAAGACCCUUUCAGACUCAAUCAACAAUAACAAAACACUUGCAGGGCAUCGAAUCAUUGCCCUUACACGAUUUUUGGACAGCUUUACUGCACAGACAAUUAGCAAACUUCCAAAUGUCACAAUUGAAGAGAAAAAUUGGGUUGAUAUCAAUCCCGAGUGGUUGAAGGAACGUAAUGUCGUCAAAGCUUUUAUUGCUUCGCAUAAUGAACCUUCUCAAUUUGCAGACGAAUCAACAUUCCACCUUGCUUUACUUGAAGCUGGCGUCAAGUAUGUUGUACGCAUAUCCACUACAGCUGCCAAUGUCCAUCCCAACUCCCCAGUCUACUAUCCACGCCAGCAUUGGGCUAUAGAGACUUUAUUGAGCUCUCAUGAGUUUGAAAAGCUUCAAUGGACCUCACUACAGCCAAAUGUUUUCACAGGUUUCGUUCUCGGGCCUGCCUUGGAGUUCAUCAAGCAAUAUCGCAAAGACGGCAAGCAAAAUAAGCUUCUGUUGAUGCCUGAUGCCGAUGCACCUCUUGCGUGUAUUGACCCAGACGAAGUUGGUCGCUUUGCCGCUGUGCUUCUAGCCCAGGAGGAUUACUCCAUCCACAACAAGAAGAAAUACGAACUCAACGGGCCAGUGAAUAUCAACGGAAAGCAGAUUAUCAAGCUGGUGGAGCAAAACAUCGGAAUGGAAGUCAAGGAUUUCAAGUUUAGAGACAUGACUUUCAUUGACGCUUGGGCUGAUUCAGUCAAGGAUCAUAAGAGUCACAUUCUAUCCAUUAAGGGUGCUCCUCAAACCGGCUGGGAAGGAAAGUGCUCGACAGCAACCACUAGUAAGGAGUUCUUGGAGCUAUCUCCACCAAAGAUCACUCCUGAAAUGUGGUUGAAAUCUGCUCUUGAAGAACAAACAAGUGGAUAGAUAGCUUUGAUUCAUUAAACCAAUUUAUAUUUGCUAUUAUUUGAUAUUGCUAUUUCCAAUGUUUAUUCACCUCUCCACAUAAAAAUCAACAAUAGAAAUCUCUUCAAGAAACUAGCAAUGAAAUAAAAAUAAUUACCAAUUCGCUGUAUAUAAUCAACCGUUUCUUAAUCUCUUGUUGAUCCGAACAAGAUUCUCUAAGCAGUCUCUCAUUAUCACCAAAGAUUUUGUCUGCUUCAUUU